AAUCUGUUUUUCGUCAUAGCUGAGUUCAGAAGCUGCGUUUAUAUUACCUUUAGUGAGUCAGUAACUAAACGUGAAAUAUAUAUAUAUAUUUUUAUUUUGUUUGUUGAAUAAUAUGUGAGAUGAAAUAAUUAAAAGCAGUGAUAAGAGGAGUCAGUCUAUUAGCGGCGAGCAGUGAGUAGAACCCUGUAAGCUCAUGUUUUCGGGGCUGGAUGGCGAACCGAGCCCCUCCCGAGUGCGAGUCGGAGUUGUUGAGUGCUUUAGAGCAGCUCGGUUCGUCCCGGACGCUCCGCUUCAUCCCCGUCACUCCGCUGCGCGUCGCCGUGCUCGCGCUUGACCGUUAUCUGGCCGGCGCGCGCGCCGCUCCCGACAGUUACAGCUACGACAUCACGGUGACGGACGGGAAGUGGCGCGUGAAGUGCUGCCUGGCGCCGGGACUGAACCGCGCGGUCCAGGUCAACGCGCUCCGCUGCGGCUCGUGCGCUCUGAUCGCGCGCUUGUCGCUUGUUUACGAUGAGACGCGCUUCCGGCAGAGCUGUGUGUGGAUAGAGGAGGCGCGAUUCGAUUCCUCCGGUCCCGAUAUUCUGCUCGCGAUAAAAGACCCGGACGCGAUUGGUUGGUGGACGCACGAUCGUGUCGGUUCCUCCGUGAUGGCUCUCACAGAUGUUCCUCUGCAGAACAACAGGAAACACUAUUUAUCGCUGUGGAACAACGAAGAUCCGCACGGUGCUGUGUGGCGUGCCUACGCUCCUCCACCGGAUGUAGUGAUCGACGUGUCUAAGAUUUCUCUUCUAAGAGAUUCGGAGGUGUUCUUGACAUCAUACAGACAGCCGUUUCCUCUGCUGGUCCGAGUGCUGCACAGAUCUCGUUUAAGGUACUACGGAAAACCUGGACAAAACAUUGACUUCCCCUUUCAGGCAUAUUUUGAGGUGGCUGAUCAGAGCGGUGUCAUGUCCAUGGUCCUGUGGAACGAGCUGUGUCCAGAGUGGUAUCAGCAGCUGGUUGUGGGUUCAGUUCUCUACCUGCAGAAUUACACACUGAAACGCAGCUACCAGAACCGCUCCAGACCUCAGCUCAGCACACUGCCUCUCAUAUCCUUCAGCUCCACAGAGAUCUGCCUGAACCCUCACAGCCCAUCAGCCGUCAUCACUGUGAUUCCUCCUAAAAGUGUUCAGCCGCAGUGGAGCUUACCUGAGGUCACCUACAAUUUCUCUACCAGAUCUGAAGUCCAGAGCCUGGCCAGUAACCAGGCGUGUGACAUCAUCGGCCUGGUGACGUACGUCAGUCGCGUUGAGCGAAUCAGAAACAGAGGAAAUACAGCCCCCGAGAAGUUCUGGACAUACCGGUGGGUUCAUGCAGUGGACGGAACCUCGGACUCUCCCUUUAUCCUGGAGAUUUUUGCCUCCUCUCAGCCUGAGGUCUUUAACGGCAUCUGUCCCAUGACCUAUCUUGUGUGUACUCACAUGCGUGUGUGUCGGGAGACGGGUUCAGGUUCAGCUCUUUAUCUGACCAGCAGCGCAGAGACUCAGCUCUUCAUCACAGGUGGUCACAGGAAGCAGCCUUACGUGUCUGAUCCGAAGGUCAAAGCCUUCAUCCAGUGGACGAAGACUCUGAAGGACAGUGUAGUACUGAGGAAGACCACAGUGGGGGGGCAGUACUGUUAUCCCCCUCCCCCAGCCACCUUCACACCGAAUACCACCAGCGGCAGAGCAAAUGAAGGAGCGGCUCCAUCGUUAAUGGCUGUAGGGGACCUACGGAGGGAGCUCGAGGGUCUGCAGUACCGAGAACACAAGAGGGUGGCAGUCCAGGGGCACAUCACUGCUGUGCAGUACCACCGGUGGCCACCUGAGGCGCCACACACCACACCUCAGACUGCACAGCAGGUGGAAUGUGACUCAGUGGGUGUGGCCAAAGGCUCCGCAUUUUCCUUUCCUAUAAGACCGCAACAGCAAAGUGAGGUGUCUUCGGCACGAAGUAACGCCAGAAUUUCUCCUAAGCGGAGGAGAGUUGAGCAAGGAGUGCAGAGGCAGUCCUGGACCAGAACGAAGCGGGAGUUAGAAAAACAGAUCAAUCCAGCAGAUUUUCAUAAGGAUCAAGAGGACAGUGAAGGACCUUCCACACCGUCGCCUCAACCUACAGACACCAGUGAGACAGGAAGCACCCCCGACACACAACAGUCUCCCAGUCGCCCUGUUGCAUCAUGGGAGAGCAGCGUGUGGCCGUUACUGAAGCAGGACGUCACGGACCACGUGCGCUGCGCCUCUCUGGAUCGUCAAAGCGUUCCGGAAAAAUUUCGUUUCGACGACCAAGACAUCAUCCUACACAGGAUCAAUCUCAGCCCUGCGAAGUGGAGCCCAGAACUUCCCUUAGACACCGACUUGGACACGCACACUCCCGUAAACUUCCCAGGAUACUUCACGCUCACGUUACUGGGGUUAAAUCAGCAGGCAGCAGUUGACUCCUCCUUCCUCCCUGUGUUUUGUCCUGAGGAUCCGCGAGCAGCUGGGACGUCCUAUGAUCUCCAUGACAACACGCUGAUGUCAUGCCUUUCAACAGGUCAUGUGUGCGCUCAGGCCAACUUUUCACCAGAGACAUUAUUGAGCUCCACCUCGGCUCUGGAGGACGAGCGGGUGGUGUGCGUGUUGGACGCGUGUCUGCUGGGUGAGAACCAGCUCGAGAUCGUCUGCUCUAAAGUGUACAGGACAGCAGAUGUCCUCUCUCCUGUGUAAAGCAAAUCCACACGCAUGUUGUGGGUAUACAUCAAUCAUCAGUAGUGUUUUUCUUUUCUUUCAGCCUUUUACUAAAGGGAGUAUAAAUUAUUUUUGGAAUUCAAAGGGAGUGAUCCAGUUCACUCAUUUCUACUGAGGCUUUUCUUGUAAAAUAACACUGUUCGAUUCAAAACUGAAUAAACGUUCAGGUGUGUCAGUGUG